CAACAAAGGAGGAUUAUUUACUUGCUCUGUUCUUUUCUUCAGUCACAUUGCAGUUUAGCUUCAUUAUUUGCCUUCACUUCCUCUCUGUUAGGGCUUCUCUAUCGUUCAUUCAGAAUGAUCGAUUUUGCUCGUGUACAAAAAGAGCUUCAAGAAUGCAGUAGAGACAUUGAAGCCUCCGGCAUCACAGUCACCCCCAAGUCCGAGAAUCUUGCUCGCUUGACCGGCACCAUUCCUGGGCCAAUCGGCACCCCCUACGAAGGUGGCAUUUUCCAAAUUGAUAUUUCACUGCCGGAUGGAUAUCCUUUCGAGCCUCCCAAAAUGCAGUUUGCAACGAAAGUCUGGCACCCCAAUAUUAGCAGCCAGAGUGGAGCAAUUUGCUUGGACAUUUUGAAAGAUCAGUGGAGCCCAGCACUCACUCUAAAGACAGCACUACUUUCUGUCCAAGCAUUGCUCUCUGCUCCUCAACCUGAUGACCCUCAAGAUGCUGUAGUAGCACAACAGUACCUUAAAGACUAUCAGACCUUUUCUGGCACAGCCCGCUACUGGACAGAAACUUUUGCCAAGACCUCAUCUCUUGGGGUAGAGGAAAAGGUACAGAAACUUGUUGAGAUGGGCUUCCCUGAAGCUACCGUCAGGAGUACGCUGGAUGCUGUUGGUGGUGAUGAAAAUUUGGCAUUGGAAAAGCUUUGUUCUGGCUGAGAGAUUAUUAGAUGCCAAUGCUGAUUUGUCUCAUGAAAGAUACAAAAGGUUCAUACAGAGUAUAGCGUUUCCUUAUUUAGUUUUUUCCCCCUUCUAGAUUUUCCUUCUCCUUUUUUCUUUCCCCUAUUGGAGUGUUCUACCAUUUUCAUACUCUUGAACAUCACUGCUGAAUGCCGAUGAUACCGGAUCACAUUGAUGGGUGGAAAUCUCACAAGUGUUAGUAGCUUGUAACCAGAUGAAAAAAAUUCAUGUCCUAACGAGGCUCGAUUUAGUUUUCAUCAUACAAAACUGUUGUUGUCUA